CACCUACGCGAAUUCUCAUAUGCAAUUGUCAAUUUAUGUGUGAAAACAAAAGCAAAAAUAUUUCCCUCCUUCACUUUCACAAGUAAAAACCAAAUCAAUAUCAACAGAGUCGUCAGGGCCAAUAGCAAUAGCAUACUGGUUGUAAACAAUCUAACGAUUAGGCGCAACUUGGUAGUGUAAUUUCAAUUAUUCCGUUUGUUACAAACUAAGGCAAUUAUAAAAAAGAUAAUAUGUUAUUUUACUCAUUUUUCAAGUCGUUAGUUGGAAAGGACGUCGUGGUAGAACUGAAAAACGAUUUAAGCAUUUGCGGAACAUUACACUCGGUUGAUCAAUACCUUAAUAUAAAACUAACAGAUAUCAGCGUAACAGACCCAGAAAAAUAUCCUCAUAUGCUAUCAGUGAAAAAUUGUUUCAUUCGAGGUUCAGUCGUUCGAUAUGUCCAACUUCCGGGUGAUGAAGUUGAUACUCAGUUGUUGCAAGAUGCUGCACGGAAAGAAGCUGUUACUAGCGUUAGAUAAAGUACUCAACAUGCAAGUACCCAAAACAAAAUGUGCGCGAAAAGAUAAGUAAAAUUUGAAAAAUAAAAAAUUGGUAAGAUGUAAA